GAAACUCAUCUAAAAAAAAUAUCACUCAUAACUAGUUACAUUACUUCCUUUUCUUUUUUGAUGAUGACGACCACCAUGAUUUCAAUAAUAACAAUUGUUUUGAUUCACACUUUAUUUUCUGUUGGAUUUUCUAAUGACCUACCACUUACCACUAUAUCUCCACAAUUACCAACACCAAUUGUUCCAUCUAAUCCAUACUCUUCAUAUGAAUCUCUAGAAGAAAGUAGGAAAAAAUCUCCUUCACCUAAGAAAAAAUCUCCACCACCUCCUUCAUCCCCUCUAUCACCACCACCAUCGCCACCACCUCUUUUAUUUGACCAUUUUAAGUUAGCAGAGACAUGGCCACCAACAUAUUGCAAGAUUUAUAAUAAUAGUUGCGUCUCUCCAGAUCCACUAAAGUUUGUCAUUCACGGAUUGUGGCCAAAUAAAAUAGACGAUGAAGUAAAAAAUUGUGAUAAACAAGUCAUAAAUCUGACUAAGUUUGAUCCACUAAUGGAAAAACUUAGCAAAGAUUGGCCGGCAUUAAAGCUUGAUAAGUAUAAUAACCAAAAAAUUGUUAACCUGCAAUUAUGGUCCUACCAGUGGAAUACUCACGGAACUUGUUCGAUCCAACUGUUCAACUUUACUUCUUACUUUGAAGAGACAUUAAAAGUUUACAAUAGAUAUAAUAUAAGAGAUAUUCUUGAAAAAAGUAAUAUUACAAAGGGAGGAGUGUUUAAACAAAAAGAAUAUAUUAAUGCAAUAAAGAAACACAUUAAAUUUACGCCACAAAUUCGAUGUGAGCAGAUUGGUAAGUUGUAUUAUUUAUAUGAAAUAAGGUUUUGUUUGACGGCAAGUAAAAACCUAGAAUAUCAAGAUUGUGCCAAACCUUACAGCGGUUGCAACAGUACAACUAAUGAUGUGUAUUUCUAGUGGUUGUCGCAAUACACCAUUUGGUUGGAAGUUGAAUGGAGGCUGACAAAGGUUCAUGAGAGUUUGGAAUUUACCUUUUCUUUUCUUUUUUAUUUUCUGUCUUUUGGUUUUGUAGGAUGUUGUUAUGGUUCUAAAUAAAGACCUUGUUAGCUCUCCAUAAUUCAGUCUGUACUCUUUCUAUUUAAUUUCCUCUUUCACACUUUGUGUGUUAGAUGGAAUUUAUAUAAAUAAAUUUGUAGUAGGUUUGAUCCAUUAUAAACAACAACAUAGAUAAUUUGAAGUGCUUCA